AUGGCAGAGAAAUCACAAAUUGUUCAAAAUGCCCUGAAAGAGAAACCUGGUGGUUUGGAUGUUCUCGAAGAAUAUGAGCUGACUAAAACACUGAAGCACAGCACGAGACAACUUCUUGUUAGCCAUAUGACAGAGGUUCAUGGGAGGAUUACCUCACUUAAACAGAGAGAGACGUAUGCCUUGGGCAUUGUUUCUCUUUUCCCUGCUCUAAGAGACCCAUAUUCGUCGAAGGGCUAUUCUCAUGAGACUGGUGGACCAAGUCGUCGAAGAAAAAUAGAGGACACUGAACAACUUGAUGGAGAUGCAUGUAGAGAAGCCAUUUCACUCCUUCUCCACACUGCUGAUGAGACUGAAGUUAGGCAAAAGAGGAAGCAAACCUUUAAGCAUCGACAAGAGCUCGUUCAUAACCCGGAAAGGUCAACUGACAUCUUAAAAAUCUUUCCAAGAUUUUUAGAAGUAAAAGGGUUGGUAAAUCAAGACUUUAUUUUGCUGUUUAAUGCUGAAACAUCUGCAAAAUUGCUUGAGCAGUGGGAGACGGCAUUCAAGCCAAAAGUCAUUGAAGAAGCAAAGUCUCUCACUUUGACAGCAGAACUUCAAAGUCACAUCAGUGCAGCAGAGAAACAAGAGUCUGAACACGAAUGGGACAGUGACAUUUCCUCUUUCUUGUUGCUGUUGCAUUUGCUACCACCUUCUGCAGGGAGAAAGAAAGUUAAAAUCAGUCCCACUGAUGCUGUUGACAGGCUUUCCUGUACCAGCAUUGAAGAACAUCUCAUGGGAAGAGAAGGCCACCAACCAUACCUACUUGCAGUAGGACGAACCAAGAAGCGGAUUGACAAUUUUUAUGUCGUUUUUGACAAGCAGCUCAUCCCCUGUGCAGGAGCCACCUCCCUGAGUGCCAUAGAUGAACUUUUCAAAGUUCAUUACGUCUUUUAAACUAACCUAUGAGGAAUCCCUGGCAAAUGUCUACACCUUUCUACAGACAACAGUCUACAACAUUGACAUAGGUCUAACAAUCGAGUUGCCGAGAGUAAGGGAACUAUGUGUGCAAUUGUUAAACAAUGUUUUAAAUGUUUUUGCUGUGAGAGUUUGUAUGCAAAUAGCCAGCAGCCGAUAUCUCACUUGCGAGUUACACACAGUUUCUAUCCUUCAUUGAAGUUCACGUUGAUUUGUAUGCAAGGCAAUUGUCGGCACCAGUUUUGUACUUUUUCAGGGAAAUAUUUAAACAGUGUUCAUUUUGAGGAUAAUGGUUUGCAUUAUGUAGAACCACAGUCAUCCCAAGAUGUUGAUAGUAAUCAGUUAGGCCCUAUACAGACAGGCGUUGGUGAUUCCCGAGGUGCCUCUUAUUUUGAGAACAAUGGUGACAGUGAUACCCAAGGUUUUCCCACAGAUUGUCUGGACAACAAUGAUGACUGCCUUUCUGAAAGAGAUACAAAGGAUAUGUGUGCUUCAAUUUUGGCCAAAUUACAAUGCAGCGGUGUGGCAAACAGUUUAAUUUCAGGACUUGUCUCAGACCUUGAAGAGCUUACUUGUGAAGUUCACACACAAACUCAACACAAACUAUUGUCAUCUAUUCCUCUUGAUAAUCCAGUCAGGUUAGCAGUCACGAGUAGUUUUACACGUUUUGAAAACCUAUUUGUUUGCUUUAACACAAAGUAAAAGAACCAAUUAUUUCAUUGAUAAAUGGAGUUUAGUUGAGCCAGUUGAAAUUGGACUUGGCAUGAGGUAUGAUGUGAGAUGCAAUAAAAAACAGGCUGUUAUGAUCAGGUCCCAGUAAAAGAUACCUUUGUUUAUAUACCAAUAUUAGAAACUUUAAAAUUUAUGUGUCAAAAUUCAGAUGUAUGUAGAUUGAUUAGGGAAUCUUCAGAAAGGCAGCGCUCAAAUGAUUAUAAGGACUUUUGUGAUGGAAGUUACUUCAAGGCUCAUCCAUUAUUUUCCAGACAUUCCACUGCGUUGCAGAUCCAAUUAUAUUAUGAUGAUUUUGAAACAGCAAAUCCCCUUGGAUCCAAACACGGGAUACACAAAGUUGGGGCACUUUAUUUUGUACUAAGAAAUCUUCCACCCAAAUUUAAUUCAACACUGAUGAAUAUCCAUUUAGUUGCACUUUUUCAUGCUCACGAUUUGAAAAAAUAUGGGUUCCAGCCCAUACUGGAGCCUUUGAUCCAUGACAUCAGUAUUCUAGAAACCGAUGGCAUUGAACUGCCAAUUUCCACAGGGACAAUUUAUGGCACUCUGUGUCAAGUGAAUGGAGACAACUUGGGAAUGCACUCAAUCCUUGGCUUCUCUGAAUCUUUUAGUGGUCAGUAUUAUGUCAUUUAUGUUUGACUGAAAAGGCAGAUGCCCAGGUUAUUUACAAUGAGGAUGACCCAAGGGUUGUUUUACGUGAUUGUGUAGUCUAUGAGCGCCACUGUCUUCAAUUGGAAUCAGAACUAUAUGGCCUCAAAAGAAAAUCAUCACUCAACAGUCUAAAGUAUUUUCAUGUAUGCCACAAUUUCUCUUUUGAUGUAAUGCAUGUCAUCCUAGAAGGAGUUGCUCAAUAUGAAAGAAAUUUCUCUUUGAAUGUGUUGACAGUAACUUUAUAUCAUGGAGUGAAUUGGUUUCCAGAAUAUAUGCCUAUGAUUAUGGCUAUUUGGAAUGAAAGAAUCGUCCCACACAAGUGAAUCUAGACCACAAAGGAAAUGGCUUAGGGCUGAACUCAAUCCAGGAACUUUGUCUUUUUAAAAACAUGCCGUUAGUGUUUGAAGUAAGAGAAGAAGCAAAUGGCAGUGUUCAUCUCCACUGGGCACAAUAUCACCAAAUAGUCAACCUUGUAUUUUCCCCAUGUCUCUCUAAAGGCAUGACUAUUCUUAUGAAGUAUUUAAUAAUUGAACACCAUGAAUUAGUCACAAAUUUGUAUCCACUCAAGAAUUUAUUGCCAAAGCAUCAUUUUAUGAUUCAUUAUCCUUUCACUAUACGUAAGAUAAGUCCUUUAGUACAUAUGUGGAGCAUGCGAUUUGAAGCUAAACAUAAAGUGUUCAAAAAUACACUCAAGAAUUUAAAAAAAUAUCACCAAAUCUUCGGCAAAAAGACAUCAGAUGUCUAUCUUUGGGAAACCUCACCUUUGAAAUAUGUUGAGUAAAGACCAAUGAAAACAUUUUGCUGGGAGAAUGUUGAUGGCAAGCAUUUAGUAGGAAUGCAACCGAAUCCCAUGCACAAAAUCAUGUACUCCAUGAACUGGGUGAAAAUUGAUGGGACCGAAUACAAAGUAGGCCUCAUUGUUUGCAAUAAAAUUGAAGAUCAACUUCCGGUUUUCAGUCAGAUUCGAAAAAUACUUAGAAUCGACAACAAUAUAUUCUUUUUGGUGGAUGAAUUUUUCACCGAGCAUUUCUCAGAGCAUUUAAAGUACUGGGUGAAUGUGGCAAAGCUGAACUCAUCAAAGCCAAUACUAUGAAGUUUCACAGGCCAUUUGACUUGCAAAGUGUAUAUGUGUCUGAUGAGAGUCAAUAUAUCGUACCCCCAUUUCUGCUGGUUUAAUUGGCAUGUAAAAAUAUUUAUUUUCUUUAGAUGGUUACAAUUGGCACAUGCUGGACUAAAAAUUUAUUUCAUCUCUUUAUGGAGGAUGUAUUUUUCCAAAAGUGGACUGUAGGUAUGAUGAGGCAAUAGAUUAUACCAGAAUUUGUGGUGAGUUAUUUAUUUAAUAUUAUCCCUUUUAAAUGGGACUUAUUAUAUUUUUGUAUUUAUUUAUUUUUACUUAGUCCUGGCUGUGCUCAAUGUUACAGACCAGUGUUUACACCAAAGGAUUGAUAGUUGCUGUAACCUACAUGUACAAAAAUGUUUAUUAACACUUGGAUCCCCUGUAAAUUGCCACUGAGACAACACUUUUUUAUAUAUUUAAAUUUUGGAUGGGAAACCAGCUUUUUUGUUGUAUAGGUUUUGAAAUAUUGUGUAAACUAUUUUGUUUAAAAAAACAAGCAUUUUGAAAAGUCUUGA